AGGAUUUUGUACAGUGAAAGAAACUUCUUGACUUGAGAAUCUACGAGGGCUGCUAUAUAUAUUUCUGGCCUAGGCAACACUAAGUAUUGCCAAGUGCAAUCUGAUAUUUCCAUUGGAAAGGUUGAUGUUUUUUAGCAUAACAUCAUUCAGAACGUGUUGUCAUUUAAUUGUGAUUUGUUUUAUUUACAGAGACUUGAAAAAUGAAAAAAAAAUGGAAUUAACACUUGGACAUUUUCAUGCGAUCAUUUUUCACAACUUUCGACGUGGAUUAUCACGACAAGAGUGCAAUGAUGAACUUAAAUCUUUAUAUGGCGAUGAAGCACCAUCCUAUAGCAUUGUGAAAAAGUGGUUUAAUGAAUUCAAUCGUGGCCGACGCUCGUUCAACGACGAAUACCGUGAAGGUCGUCCGAAAACGGCCGUUGUGCCAGAGAACAUUGAUGCCGUGCGUGAACUGAUAAUGCAAGAUUUUCAUGUGACAUACCGUGAGAUAGAGGUAUCCUUCGGCAUUUCUCCCACCAGCAUACAUUCGAUAUUGCAUGAACACCUGGCCGUAAAAAGGGUUUGUUCUCGUUGGAUCUCUCACAAUUUAACAAUUGCUCAAAAAAAGGCUCGUAUAUCAGGGAAUGCAAUAUUGAUAUUAGAAAAUAAAGUUAUAGACAGUUGGAAUGAACUUAAGACUCAACUCAAACAGAACUAUAAAGAUAGUGACAGUACACUAGCUUUAUAUAGACAACUGAUAUCUACUAGACAAGGGGGACGAACGGUUAGGCAGUUCCAAUUGUUUAUGGAUACCAUGUCUAGGAAAUUGGGAACAGAUGCGAAAAUAGAAACGCAAGAUGCUAGUGUUAGAGAAGCAGUUUAUAAUAAUAUUGAAACUAAGAUCGUUUUAAAUGCGUUCAUAAAUGGCUUAGAUGGAGAAAUCGGCCAAUAUGUGAACAAUUGUCGUCCACAAUCGUUGUCAGAGGCUGGAAGAUUUGCACAGGAUGAAGAAUUCAGAAUAAGUUACAGACAAAGUGUGAGACGAAAUUUCAGUGUUAAAGUAACACAAAUAAAGUGCUAA